AGAGCUGUCGCUUUGUCAGCUGACGCAACGUACCAGCUGAAACUUGAAUGGGGGGCGCAAGUCACUGCAGCAGAAACAGAUACAGGUGAGUGAAGGGAUUCCUGCUCAGUGAUUGGUCCAGACAGCCAGGUGACGAUGUCAUCAGUGAAUGUGGAGUGUGUGGUGAAAGCGAGUGCUCUGAUUGGUGAAGGGCCAGUGUGGGAGGAGUCAGAGCAGACGCUGCUGUUUGUUGACAUUGCCGGGCAGAAAAUCCAUCGCUGGAGUCCAACGACAAAUCAGAUCCAGUCUGUGGAGACAGGUGACAUGGUGGGCUUCGCGGUUCCUCGUAGGUCAGGUGGUUAUGCAGCAGGUGUGGGACGCAGCAUUGUGGCUGUCGAUUGGCUGACUCAGAAAUUGACAUCACUGGUGGAGGUGGAUGAGGACAAACCAAACAACCGACUGAAUGAUGGAAAGGUUGAUCCGUUUGGACGUCUCCUGGCAGGUACGAUGGCGAAGGAGCAGCGACCUGCUGAAGUUCAGAAACAGCAAGGGUCUCUGUUCUCUGUGACCUCUGACUUCACUGUGACCAAACACCUGAGCCAGGUGGACAUAUCUAAUGGUUUGGACUGGUCUUUGGAUCAGAAGACGUUUUUCUACAUUGACAGUUUGUCUUUGACCGUUGAUGCGUUCGACUAUGACUCAAACUCUGGACGCCUUGGUAACCGUCGUGUGGUGUACCGUAUGGAGGAGGGGGAGGGGCUUCCUGAUGGGAUGACAGUUGAUGCUGAAGGUCGUCUCUGGGUUGCCUGUUACAAUGGAGGACGAGUCAUCAACAUUGACCCUGCCACUGGUGUGCGGCUGCAGACAGUCUCUCUCCCGGUGAUGAAGACCACUUCCUGUUGUUUUGGAGGUCCAGACUACUCUGACCUCUAUGUGACCUCAGCUAGUCUGGGCCUCGACCAAUCAGAGAGUAGCCAGCAGCCACUCGCCGGACACACCUUCAGGGUGAGAGGACUUGGGGUCAAAGGUCGACCUUCAAACUCGUUCUCAGGGUGAUCUUCAGGCCAAAUCACAGCACAGAUUACCUCCAGGAAGUGGCUUAUUAACUGUUAGCUCACUGCAGCAAUCAAUAACUUCAUUGAUUAAUCGUUUAAUAAUAUAUAGUUCAGAUUAGUUGUUUUUAUCUUUAAAUAACUAAAUGAAGAGAGAGCCAAUUAGAAACAAGGAAACUGUCACAUUGACAUUCAACAGCCAAUCAGAGUCAACCAAACUUGGUAUAUAUGUGUCUUUGUAUAAUUGGUGAAAAUAAAUAAACGUUGAGCAUCAGAGUUUUAAAGAUUCAUAUCUCUGAGGUAAAACAUGGUGACGGAUGAAAGUAAAAUUUUUAUAAUCUGCUGUUUUGUGAACGGAGCGAAAAACAUGAAGUUGCUGCUAAUGUAAGAUGAACAUUUCCUACUGCUACAGCUUCACAGUAAAAGCACUGGCACAAUUUGACUUUUAUUAUGAAUUAGUCACAAAACAAAAUGUGUUUGUCAGAGAGCUUCGUGUUUAUCACCAUUGUUCAUCAGAACUGUUUCUAAAACAACAGCGGUCUGCCCACCUGCAGCUCCUCAGCCCGGUAACUGACUCUUGUCACAGCCUCAUGCCGUGUGUCUGUCUGACUAUUGUUGAACACCUGCAGCCAAGGCCGGAUACUGAGGAUUGUGGGUAAUGUAGUUUUCCUGUUAUUGUGACUGUGGUGAAACGUAUUAAAGUGACAGAGCAUCA